CGUACCCUACUCAGUUGCGUCCACAACAUGCACUAGAAUAGCCGCAAGCGCUUCCCGCUCGUCGAGGCUCGUUUACUUCGUGAACUGUUACUACAUAAACGCUCAUGGAAUUGUGUAAUCGCAUCUCGUACGUCAUCUAAAUUCGUGGCGACCGGUACGCUCAAAUUUAUUAAUUUCCUAAUUUUGUUAUCCAUUUGAACUCCGGUCCAGUUUUAUAGCAGCGCUUGUGUCGGCGACUCGUGUGUUUUGAUCGUUUGUGUGCUUUAACUUAUUUAACUUUUUUUAUCGUAACGAGCACUGACAUGUGAUAUCAGUGAUAAGCGAAGUGUCGAACGAGAUAAGGUGUUUAGUAAUAUUAGCAUGCUACACCAGUGUAAACGUAUCCCGCUUAGUUGAUAGCAUAAAGUGUUUUUUUAAUUAUAAACCUAGUGAUCUAAUUUGAAACAUAAUGUGUAUAUGACUGAUGCGCCAGCGCCGGUAUAAGUGUAACGCUGGGCCUAUUUUCGUAGCACGGAAAUAAGAGCGGCAAAAGGAGCAAAAAGCUAUGUCUGCUUGAAAAACUUGAGGACGUUGUGUUGAGUGUAUUUCUGUCUGUUGUGGGCCGAUGUAUACAACCGCUUAGUGAUUCCGUGUUUGCUCUACCAAUAAGAUGAAGAAACGAACGAUAUCGAAGCUAAAAUCGUUGUUUGGUUCCAAGAAAGGUAAACGGAAACAAGAAGAAGUAUCAGCAAAGUCGUCUCGUUCCGCAUCCCCAGAGCCGGCGGGGGACAGUUCCCCGUGCGAGUCGUACCGGCCGCUGCUGAGAACGCCCCCGCCGAGCCAUGUGGGGCCACCGCCUUCACCACCGGUGCCCACCAGCCCCGUGGCCCCUGUGGCGCCACAGCCUGCAGGCCCGCUGCCUCUCAUGCCCUGCCCCGUUUGCGCCCGCACCUUCGUGCCACAGUCUCUCGCCAAACAUGUGAAAAUUUGCGAAAAGACCAUGGCUAAGAAGCGAAAGACCUUCGACUCAUCGAGGCAGAGACGUGAAGGGUUAGCAACAACGAGCCAUCCCAGUUCCGGCACAGAUUUGGAACAGUACUUGCCAAAGAAUUUCGGUCUUCCAGAGAACAGCCCCUUCCUCGAGAAGAGCCCGCCGAACACAGCCAAGCCGACGCCCAAACCCAAACCUCAGUCAGUAAGGAGCACAAUAAAAAAGCCAACAGCGGAGCUACAGCGGUGCCCGCACUGUUCCCGAGCAUUCGGCGUGCGCGCGUUCGAGCGGCACGUGGAAUGGUGUGCGGACAAGGCGAAGAUCCUGCCCGCUGCCGCCGCUGCGCCGCCGCCUCCGCACAUCGCCGAUGCCAAGCAGCGCCUUAACGCCCGCACACAGUACAAGGCGCCUCUCGCCCGCGGCAGAAAGUCGUCGCAAUCCCGCGACAAAACAGCCAGCCGUUCCACAUCAGUGGACUCUUCGCGCGGGAUAUCGCCCCCGCCGCCGCGAGAGUUUGGCGACUACAAGCAGGGACGCACCAGAGCAUCCGAGUCAAUGUCGAGUAACGAUUGCCACGAAGAGAGCGCACCUCAUGUGCCUGUCAUAAGAAAUUCAAGAACAACUCAGAAUAACUCGGGCGAUGCCAACGUUAAGGCGAGACAGGCGAGACUCGCGAGAGACAUUAGUAGUACUAGAAACUCCCGAAAUUCCAAAUGUUCCUUACAAAGUAACGCCGAUCCAAUAUUAACCAAUAAACCAUCUUCAAGUAACAUUAGAAAUCGAGUAAAUGUAAAAAAAAAGCAACAACUAAAAAAGCUCGAGGAAAUCACUAAUAAAUAUAAUGAAAGAAAAGAAAAGAUUAUUGAAGAAAAAAGCGGAUUACCUAAACUUACUGAAGAUAGCAAAAGUCAAAUACCUGUUAUAAAGAAAACUGUUUUGCAAAAAAGACGUUUGAACAAAACAACGACUAAUUCAAGUGAAUUAGGAAGUCUCAAAGAAGACGAUAAAGAUACAUUGCGUUCGGCGCAAAAACAAAAAGUUGAUAAAAGAAAUCCGUCAUCAACAAGGAAACAAAAUGAUAAGCCGGAGAUGCCAAAGACCAAAAAGCAUAAUGUUAAAGAAAGUACUAUGAGUUUGGACAGUCUCGACGAUGUUCAAAGUAACAAGAGUAACAACAAAAACUGUCAGUCUAUCGGUAUUAACACUGAAUUGUUUUGUCCCAGUAUUCCUUGUAAAAUUUAUAGCAGCCAAGAACAAGCCAAAGAGGAAAAGAAAAAAACAAAAUAUUAUGUGAAAGAACUAAACAUGCAGAAGAAUUCAAAUUCCCUAAUCUCUGAUACUUCGGUAGAACUUUUAUAUAAAAACCCAAAAAUGGCAAUAUCUUAUGAUAUGGAAUCAAAAGAAAUAAGUGAAUCGCAGCUUGAUUUAAAAGAAGUAACUCAUAACAGUACAGAUUUACAAGACGCUGUGUAUGUACAUGAAACAGAAAAGUGUUCGAAUAAUAGCCUCGCAACGACUGUAUCAACUAAUGAAGAAUCCCGUGAUAAAGAAACUGAAAAUAAAUUUGACGAAAUAAAUAAUUCGUUCGAAGAAUUUGAAGAAAACAACAAUGAACAUGAUCUAAGUGCUGAAAUUUUUAAUGAUUCUGUUGAAGAUUUUCGGCAACCGUCAACAAAUAAUGAAAUGAGUCGUCAUGGAAGUGGUGAUACCUAUACGAAGAUAACGGAAGGCCCUACUGAAUUGGAAGAGUUUUUUAAUAUAACAGAUGAAAUAAUAAACAGUAAAACUGCAGAAGAUAAGUUUGACAAGGAUAUGGAUGGCUUGCAUACACCCAACACAAUUUCUAUUGAAGCUUUAAAUAAAACAGAUUUACAACAACAAAAUGUUGACAAGCAUGAAUUUUCUGAUGCAUUAGAGGAAUUAAAAAGUGACUUAAAAGACAUAUUAAUUAAGACGACUGAUGUUAACAGUGAUGACACAAAAACGACCAGACACGACAUGGAACACAUCACAGUUUUCGAACUGAAGUUCUAUGAAAAAGAAUUUGCUGAAGAAAUCCAAACUUUAGAAGAAGUUAAACCCAAAUUAAAAUUGCCUUCUAUCUCUGAAACAAAUAAUUUGAUGACAAAAGAACAAUCCCAUAGAAAAUUGUUGAAAACGACCAAAUCAAGUAAAAAAUAUAAAAGCUUUAACAAAGAAACUCGGAAUAGUAUAGAAAACAAAACGUUUAUAGUCAAUGAACAUCAAGGAGAUAAUAGUGAUGCACAUUCAAUUUCCUCAGAAGCACCUCCAUUAAAAUUACCUAAAAUAGAAAAAAAAAGCAAUAAUAAUGUAAAGGGCGAAAACCUUUUCCCAUCCUCCGUCAAACGCUCCACAUCCCUCCUUGAUUCCAUACAGAAGAGAGGCACACUCAAGGCGGACACCUCGAAGAACCGCCAUAAAGCGGACCUGCUUGAACAAGAUAUAAUGCAGUCUCUCAAAGACUUUGAUAAAUUCUAUGAGUCGGAGAGAAUAGAAAACAAUCAACCCAAUAAAGAGUUAAUAAGCAGCUCCAAGAAUGUUCACAAUACGACCAAAAAGGAAUCCCGAAUGAAGAUCGAAAAGAAAAACAAUAAAAAUGAACAAAUGUCGAAUGGUCAUUUCUCCCCUGGAGGAAAACCCAGCAACGAUUCAGCGUAUAGCAGGUUAGUCAGCUUAAACAGGAUAUCUCCAUCAAAAUUAUCGCUGUGUAACUCCAAAGAGCCGACCGACUCUGCAACACCGGAACGAAGCCAAGCCGGCUCUGAGUCGGUCGAAAGUCACAAGGACGAGGUCAGGUCCAUCUCCAGCGACGAGUUCCUCGCUAUGGAGCGAUCUGCAGAGAUGAGCGAGCCAGUACCCAAAAUCGAUGCACAAUACAAAGAUCUCGGCAGUCACACGUUAAGCGACAAGCGUGUCAGUUCGCGAGCGUCGUCUCAGCGUAGUGGGGUAUGGAGGUCGCGGCAGGAGUUGAGUUCGAGUGGGUCGGAGUCCUCUGUGCACGCUGAGCCGCCGCCCGCCCGCCUCUCGCGCUUCUGUCACGAGUGCGGUAGCCGCUUCCCCGUCGACUCCGCCAAGUUUUGCAUCGAGUGCGGCGUGCGCCGGCUGCUCGUCUAACUGCACUGUGACACAUCUAUCUGAGCGUUCUCUAGUCUAUGACGUGUGACGUCACCGUGGCGGGAAUUUACGAGGGUAACAGUUGGUGUCACCCGAAGUCAAAAUUCGAUCUUUUAUCAGAAAUUGAUUGUUUUAAUUACUUUAUGAAAUGGAAUAGAAAAAUUAUUCAAUCACCCUCUAAGUACAUCACUGUUUUGAUUGCUAUUGCAAUCUUUAGGUAGGUUAAUUUGAAUCAAAUUAAUUAUAAAUAGCGCGGAUGCAAAAAUGGUUCAAGAUCGAAUAUUGAUUUUGGCCCUCAAUCAAUCGGUAAUAAACGAAUUUGUGAAAGAUUUAAUGAUAAUAACAAAUGCUGAUGAAAAAUCUCAUUUUAUAUCAGUUUAAAAUCUUUCGAACUCGAUUUUUAUUACUUGGUGGUUUAUAAUUUGUUUGCUAAUAUUUUAGUUCAUGUUAUGGAUGGUUUAUUUUUGAGUCGGUAAGCAACUGAGAUAGUUUGAAUUAAACAAUUUAAAAUCUGAAUACGAAUUCGUCAAUAGUAAUUUUAUUUUGUCUUAUCAAUGCAAAUCGCACAAAAAAUGCUUGUAUUUAUAUAGAUUUUAAUUUAAAUUCACAAUUAACGACGAAAAGCUGAGUCUGCUUUGAUUUAAUUGUAAUAUAGGUCAUAUUUAAUUAAUAAGUAGUUUUUACUACUUGCUAUUUAACAAUAUGUUGUUUCUAAAUUUAUGAAAUAUGGUUUACCAUAUGAAAGUUGUGCCUUAACUGUGUAGUAUUUCUUCCUAAGGCGAUAACACUAAUUCCUUUUGAGUAAGUUUUUUUCUCUAUAACAUACUAUUCCCGGCAGCAUUUUUAAAAAUUAAGCAUCUGUGAUAUAUGGUCUUUUCGGUUUUAAUACUUAUCCAAGUAUUUCCUUAGAAAUUGUGACUUUAACUAUUCUUAAGUGCCAAUAAUUUUGGUUUUUAAUACAUUUUUGUGUAGGUUUUUAUAUUUUAUUUUUGUUUUGCACUUGUUAACAAACAAGGAUAUUGUUUUUAUUUUAUGAUUUUAAUACCCAUGCGAACAAAUUCUAAAUAAAAUCUCGUCUGCAUAUAGUUUAGCCAUUUUAACAAGACUGAUUUAAUUUUUGGAAUAUCAAUGAACCUUACUUUAACCUGUAUUGUUUUAAUGUCUUUAUUGUGAA